GCUCCGCAGCUGCUGCAUCCACGUACGCAGGAAUGCCGCCGCCGCCGCAAACAGAAACAGCAGCGGCAGGAGGAGGUCGGAGCCGCGCCCGUCGCAUAGCGCACCGCACCAGGGACAGCUGCGUGGCCGUCUUCUGCAGCACGCUCUGCUCCGUCCUCCUCGCCGUCAUCCUCGUGGCCGGCGUCGCCCUCUUCGUCGCCUGGCUCGGCCUCCGCCCGCACCGCCCGCGCUUCACCCUCUCCUCCUUCUCCCUCUCCGGCCCGGGGGGACAGGGACAGGGCCAGGCCGCCUUCAACGUGUCGGACCGCAACCCCAACCGCCACAUCGGCAUCUACUACGACGGCGCCACGCGCGCCUCCCUCCGCUUCUACGACGCGCUGGUGGCCUCCGGCCCGGCCUUCCCCGCCGGCUGGUACCAGCCCAACAUGACCACCAUCUCCAUCGCCGGCGUGCUCGACGUCGUCGGCCCAACGCCCGCCGACCCCGCCGCGUGGCACUCCUUCUCCGCCGCGCUCCACGCCGGGCGCCUCCCGCUGCGCCUGGAGCUCGUCUUCUCAGGCGUCCGGUUCAGAGUCGCCAGUGUGUUCCACUCGGGUCGGCAGAGGAUGCAUGUCAAGUGCGACCUGCUCGUCGGCGCCGACGGCAACCUGCUCCGCGAAUCCGUGGGGACAUCCUGCGACAGAUACUUGUGAAUUCUUCUCAUGACUCAUUACAAUUAGUACUUACUCUAGUAGAGUAGAUUGUUGUUGGAGGUCGAUCGAUUGUUGUCCGACCAUUAUCUAAUUGCUCUUCCUUCCAUGCAUGCAUGUA